UCUAUGAGAUAGUAAUAGUACCCUUCUCCUAGUUGUGACAUCCAAAAUGUCCCAGACAUUGACAAAUGUUCUUUGGGAGCAAAUUUUUCCCAAUUUAUAACCAAUUAGCUCUCUCUUUAUCUCCCUCUUUCAUCGCUCCCUAUCCUUCUUCCUCCAUCUCUAUCUCUAUGUGUUGUGGUUAGGAGCUGGGGAGUCAGUUGUGGGAGAUUGGUUUACCUUUAAAUACUUACAUUGGAAAUUUGGAUUUAUCUUAUUUAGUAUGCUGGCUUUGUAUACUGAAAAUCUACCAGAUAAUACUGCAAAAGAAUAUUUGACUAUGUUGAUGUCUCUAUCUGGAAUAGAUUUCCUGAUGGACCAAGAUGGACAAAGACAAUCUAACUGUGCUGAAUGAAUUCAUUCUGAUGGGAAUCACAGACCGCCCUGAGCUGCAGGCUCCAUUGUUCAGGCUGUUCCUCAUCAUCUACGUGAUCUCAGUAGUGGGCAACUUGGGCAUCAUCAUCCUCACCAAGAUAGACUUCAAACUGCAAACACCCAUGUAUUUUUUUCUCAGACACCUUGCUAUCACUGAUCUUGGUUAUUCAACAGCCGUGGGACCAAAAAUGUUGGUAAAUUUUGUUGUGGAUGAGAACACAAUCUCCUUUUAUUUUUGUGCUACACAGCUGGCUUUCUUUAUUGUGUUCAUAACUAGUGAACUAUUCAUUCUGUCAGCAAUGUCCUAUGACCGCUAUGUGGCCAUUUGUAACCCUCUGCUCUACACAGUCAUCAUGUCACAAAGGGUUUGUCAGGUGCUAGUUGCAAUCACCUAUCUCUAUAGCACAUUUGUUUCUCUUCUCAUCACCAUAAAGAUAUUUAAUUUAUCCUUCUGUGGUUAUAACGUCAUCAGUCAUUUCUACUGUGACAUUCCCCCCUUGUUCUCUUUGCUCUGCUCAAACACACAUGAAAUUGAAUUAAUCCUUCUGGUCUUAGUAACUUUUGAUUUGAUUUCAUCUCUCCUAAUAGUUGUUUCUUACCUGCUGGUUCUUGUAGCCAUUAUCAGAAUGAACUCAGCUGAGGGCAGGUACAAGGCCUUCGCCACCUGUGGAUCCCACCUGACAGUGCUGGUAGUGUUCUACGGGACUUUAUUCUUUAUGUACAUUCAGCCCAAGGCCUGUCACUCUUUUGACACUGAUACAGUGACUUGCAUAUUUUUUACUCUGGUUAUUCCCAUGUUGAAUCCCUUGAUUUAUAGCUUGAGGAACAAAGAUGUGAAAGAUGCUGUACUUAAGACAUGGGAAAAAAUAAGCAAUAUAUUUUCUAAAGUUUGA